AGGGUUUUGAGCAAGGCGGGGGACAGGGUCAGGUACACAUUUCCAAAAGAUCAUUCUGAUUCUCACCCCUGGCUAGAGACAGCCUGGGUGAGAUGAAGGCAGGGAGGCUGGAAUGGGGCCUGUUCCUCUUAGAGGGUCCCUGGCUCCCGCUGACAUCUUACCACCACCACCCACAGGGAUCUGGUCCGAGGGAGCAGACGGUACUGACAUCAAUGCUGUGGCUCGCUCCCAUGAUGGCAAGUUGCUGGCUUCAGCUGAUGACUUUGGCAAAGUCCACCUGUUUAACUACCCUUGCUGUCAGCCUCGAGCCCUCAGCCACAAAUACGGUGGACACAGCAGCCAUGUGACAAAUGUGGCCUUCUUGUGGGAUGACAGUAUGGCCCUGACCACAGGGGGCAAGGACACCAGCAUACUGCAGUGGAGGGUGGUCUGAAGUGGGGGCCCCAGGGACAUGGGGCCAGGGUAGAAAUAUGUGGCAGGGCUGGAAUUCUAUUUUCGGGAGAUGUCUAUUGCCGAGUAGAGUAAUAUAUACCCAGAGUAUGUCUAUAGAAGAGAGGGUUAUGAGGGUGGGAGGGUGGACUGACAGUCAGAAGUCUCUAUUUAUCGGGGUGGGAAGAGGGGUCACAUUGCUUUGGGCAAACCAUUAGGGUUUUGGUUUGGGGUGUUUUUUAAGUUUAUUCUUUUAUAUCAUCCAGAAAUAAAGACAUGUGCACUGAG